CAUCAAGGUUGGUGUUGCUGUUUUGUGUUUCUACUAACUACUUGAUUAAAUCCAUUACAGAGAUCUACCAUCUCCAUCGGUUUGACUACCUGCAUCAGAAUCUAGUGAUUUCUUUAAGUUCACUAAAGUGGAAUCAAGCCAUGGGUGAUGAUCAUGGUCAUGGUCCUAGAGGAGUAGAAAUUUUUCCAGAUCAUUUUCCAGCUUCAACUUCUGGUGUGGAGACCCCUCAAACAAGAAGUUCAUCAACUUCACGUGCCAAAAAUGAAUUUGAGCAUAGUUCCAGCAGCCGUUUGUGGGCUAGAAGAAGAUUAAAAAGUGCUGCAUCCAUGUUGAACUUGCUUAGCUUACAGAAGAGGCUAUCUUGGGGAAACGGCACAGAUCGGCAAGAAAAGAUCGUAUUAUCUGCCAAGGAAGUGAAAUCUCUUCAAUCAGAACUUGCUGAUUUAGAGGAAAGGGAAGCUCAUCUGAGAGCUCAGUUAGAACAUAUUGAUGAGAUUUUGCGCUCUGCGCAUCUUUCAGGCUACCUACACAUGCGAACUAGAUGGGCAGCAUUGCCUGGAGAACCUCUUCCUCUUGAUGACACAGAAGUUGAUGACUGGCUUCCACGUUUUGUUGUUCUCCAUGGACCAUGCAUCUACUUGUAUUUUCUGUCCAUAGAUUUAAGUCCUCAGGAUUCCACCCUGUUAUCUGAUGUUGUUGAAGUAGGGCCAAUGCCAUGUGUCACUCAAGAAGAAGGGGAAACCCGACACUACUUUUACAUAGUAACUCGCCACGGAUUGAGAUACGAGUGUUCAAGCACUUCUAAAGUCCAGGUGGAUAAUUGGUUAAUAGCUUUGCAAGAGAAAUGCAAAUUGGGGUCAGAUUCAAUCUUUAGAUCUGUUUCACGAGCUACUAGGUCUAUCAUUUCUUCUGCUUCUAAGCAGAAGUCCAGUCUCUUAUCCGAAGGACGAUCUGCUUCUGCUGCUGCAGCAAUUUCCUACAAAGGAGUGUUGCCAGCUCUAGCUUCUUUUGGGCGGGAUAGUUCUGGAAACACCUCCAGCACAUGGAUCGCUGGAGCAUUUAUGCUCCCUGCUGCAGCUUACAUGGUUCAGGACCAAGAGGCACAUGCAGCAGAGAUGGAGCGCACAUUCAUCGCCAUCAAGCCUGAUGGUGUGCAAAGGGGACUGAUUUCAGAGAUUAUUUCUCGCUUUGAACGUAAAGGAUUCAAGCUUGUAGCCAUUAAACUUGUGAUCCCUUCAAAGUCCUUCGCCCAGCAGCAUUACCAUGAUCUCAAGGAAAGACCAUUUUUCAAUGGACUGUGCGACUUCCUUAGCUCUGGCCCUGUUCUUGCCAUGGUUUGGGAAGGAGAGGGUGUGAUCAAAUACGGCCGUAAACUUAUUGGAGCCACAGAUCCACAGAAAUCAGAGCCUGGAACCAUCAGGGGUGAUUUGGCUGUUGGUGUUGGAAGGAAUAUCAUCCAUGGAAGUGAUGGUCCAGAAACGGCGAAGGAUGAAAUCAGCCUAUGGUUUAAACCAGAAGAGUUAACAAGUUACAUCAGCAACCAAGAAAAGUGGGUCUAUGGAGUCAACUAAAGACAUCCAUUUUCUCUUAGGUCAUUUAGUUUCUAGGCUGCGGGAAUAAUGACCAAAGAAUAAUAAUCUUCUUUUUUCUGCUAUAAAAAAUGAGCGGAACAGUGUCAGUUUUGUUGACUUACGAACCUUAUUUUUAGUUGUUAAAGACUAAUAAGUAUUUGGUCGAUGCUUGGCUGGAAUCUAUUCUCACCUCGUU